AUGACAGGUCCACGCGAUCUUAACGCACAAAUAGAGAGCCUUGUAAAUCGUCUUCGCCGACGACAAGUCGUAGGUUCCUGGCGUGUCUCUGUUGAAACAGCUGUACUACUUCGGCAGGUAGUUUCCGCUACUCGGUGGAAUCAGGUUGAAACAUUGAUAAAAGUAGUUAAAGAAGAUGUGGGAAGGAGGUUAGUUAUGGCUCAACCACGAGAACUCGCCGUAGGAAAUAUUGUUCGUCGCGUAUUACGCUUAAUACGUGAUGUAUAUAACUCUGAGAAAAUAAGAACUAUUAGUUUUUAUGGUGGAUCAGGUACAGGAACAAACAAUCGUUCUUCCAUGAUAAACUUACUUGGAGAUGGUGGUACCAAAAGGACAUCUAUAGAUGAUGAUCGAAAACCUCCCAAUAUCCUUUUGAUCCAUCAGGCCAUGGAACAUAUUCAUUCAAAUGAGAUUAUUAUGACUGUUGGUAGAUCAAGAACUGUGGAAAAGUUUUUGAAAACUGCUGCGAAUAAAAGAAAAUUUUCUGUUUUAGUUGCAGAAACAUUCCCAACAUAUCUAGGUCAUGAGAUGGCAUUAUCUUUGUCAGAAGCAGGGAUUGACACAACUGUAAUCUCUGAUUCGGCAAUCUUUGCUGUCAUGUCCAGAGUGAAUAAAGUGAUAAUGGGUACACAUGCAGUACUCGCGAAUGGUGGGUUAAUUUCUGUUAGUGGUGCACAAAUGGUGGCCACGGCUGCUAAACACCAUUCAAAACCAGUAGUAGUUUGUACUGGUCUUUAUAAAUUAUCGCCACUUUAUCCUUAUGAUGAAGAUUCAUUUAAUGAUCUUGUCGCUCCUGAUCCAGUGUUGAGUUUUAAUGAAGGCGAUUUAAUAGAUAAAGUGACGUUAUUGAAUCCUUAUUACGAUUAUGUUUCACCAGAGCUCGUGAGCCUUUUCAUUACAAACACCGGAGGUCAUCCUCCUUCAUACCUAUAUAGAUUGAUAAAUGAAAAUUAUGACCCCGAUGAUACAGUCAUAUAA